UUCUCGUUUGAUUCCAGACGAGCGGUUCAGCAGCUCAGAGCUUGUGGAGUCCUAGAGACGAUCCGGAUCAGUGCAGCCGGGUACCCGUCCAGGUGGACGUACCCUGACUUCUUCAACAGGUACCGAGUUCUGCUGAAGAAGUCCGACAUGACGUCCGCUGACAAGAAGCUGGUCUGUAAGAACCUGCUGGAGACCCUGAUCAAGGAGCCGGACAUGUUCCAGUUCGGGAGGACUAAGAUCUUCUUCCGGGCGGGUCAGGUGGCGUACCUGGAGAGGCUCCGGGCCGACAGGUUCCGCUCGGCCUGCAUCAAGAUCCAGAAGACGGUGCGCGGGUGGCUGCAGAGGGUUCGAUACCGAAAGAUUCGCAAGAUGGCCGUCACUCUGCAGAGAUACGGCCGAGGAUACCUGGCCCGCAGGUCUGAUACUGGGCUCUGUGGUCCCACCAGAACCCUUCUGGUUCCUUCUGGUUCCUUCUGUCUUUAUAGCUCUGGUCCUCCAGAGAAACUUCUUCUUCUUCUUCUUCUUCUUUCUAAUGAGCACGGACGGGAACGACCAGAGGAAUCUAAUAAUCUAUAAACACUGAUGAAGUGUUUAAAUAUUCAGGAGCUUUUUAUUCUGAUUUCCUCUAAAUAACGUUUGAUGACACUUCAGCUACUUUUUAGUUUUAGUCUUUUCACAGACGAAUCUUUAACAAAUACAUUUAAAUAAUUAACUGUAACUGUAAUAUCAUGUAAAAGUAUGAGCAACAGAAUGUACACUCAUAAUGCAGAAUAUUAUGGGAUAAUUAUUACUGGUGUAUUAGUAUGUCAGUAGUACUUUAAUGUAGUUAACUACUUCAUUUACGUUUUGGGUUUUUAAUGUGUAAAAUGUGUUCUGUUAGUUUGAAAUGUAGCUAAAGCUCUCUGAUAAAUGUAGUAUUUAAUGUAGUAUUUAAUGUAGUAUUCAGCAGUAUUUUUUAGCAUUUAAUGUAGUAUUUUUAGCAGUAUUUACAGUAUCUGUAGGUAACUAUGGAGAGGCUGAGUAGGGGAGACUAACCUGCGGACGUGCUGCUUGUAAAUGAUCUGCGGAUCCAGUGACAAACAAACAAACUUUGUGUUCAAACUCUCCUUCUGCUUGUUGUACAAAGUGAUCGACAGCGUCAAGUAAUGAUAGUUGUGAAAAUCAGUGGCGGGCCGUGCAUGUUAUACCUGGGCCUUCUCUGUUGUCCUGCAGCUGAAAUACCACCUUAUAACCACAUGAUGGCGCCACAGCUAUUAUUCAUUUUUAAGGCUGUAACUACAUACAUCUUCCUAUUAAACCGUUGCUCGAGCAUUUGCAUUUGGAUAAUACAGAAGCUUAAAUUCAGUAAAAUAUAAUAUUUUCUGCGCUCAUGGAGGACAGUGGUUCUCAGCUGGUC